GUCGAGUUGUGAUUGGACAAUUGAGAACGAGUCGGAAGUGGGGUCAGUCGCCUUCUUGUAAAUUACCCGUAAUCUUAUUAAAUGCAGCAUUAAUCUAUUGCGAAGUGAGGAAAGUCCUGAAGAACUAUUUCAAAAGUAACGACAAAUUACUGUCGUUACUGAAAGAGAUAGGACAUGACAAAGGCGUUUCUUUUUUGUUCUGGGUGUUUCCGAAACGUCGUUAGCUGUUAUUGUUCGUUAGCUGUGCUGCCGCCGUCGUUAAUUAGCCCAUUUCUGACAUCUGGUAUAAAAAAUUCAAAACAGACUUUAAAGGUUAAACACGCCAAGCAUUGAUAACCCCGUUCGUAGUCCGACACUCCGGAGCCACAGGGUCGAAGUCGUCAGGGACUCUCCAUGAAUAGCUAGCCCGGCGGCUAAGCUAGCUACGGUCAGCUAGUCUCCUAGCCUGCUAACAUGCCGCUUUUGAACGCCACCAUGAAUAAACGCAUACUCCUCUUGUUAUAUGUGCUCGGUGCUGUCAGGACGGCGGCUGACGGGAUAGAAUCGAGUGACAGGUCCCAAGAAAAGCCUUCUGACGGAGAACUUGAGGAUAAUCACCAGGUGGGACAGGAGACAGACUUCGGGCAAGGGACUGACAGGGAACCCCCUGCCGAGGAAGAGGACCUUCCCUCUCAGCCAGCCCCCAGACAGGAGAAGCCAAAGGAGGUGCCCGUGGUGAUUGGAGGCACCGCUGCUGGGGAGCCCUGCUUGUUCCCCUUCCUUUUCCUCGGGAAGGAGUACUUGGAUUGCACCACCGAGGGCAGGGGAGAUGGCCGGCUCUGGUGCGCCACCACCUAUGACUACGACCGAGACAAGAGAUGGGGCUUCUGUGAGACGGAGGAGCAGACAGCGCAGAGAAGGCAAGCAGAGGAAGCUGAUGAGAUCUACCAGAGAGCUGUCCGCACACUCAAUGGCACCAGUAAGAAAAGUCAGAAGAAGGAGGCUUAUGAGAAGCUGAAAAAGGCAGCAGACAUGGGCCACACCAAGGCUGCGGAGAAGGUGGCCUAUGCCAUGCUGUUUGGAGAUUACAUGAGCCAGAACGUAAGCUGGGCGAAGGAGCUAUUUGAGAAGCUGGCACUGGAGGGCUCACCCAAGGCACAGAUGGCCCUGGGCUUCCUGUAUGCUGCCGGUUUAGGGGUGAACUCCAGUCAGGCCAAGGCACUGGUUUACUACACCUUCGGGGCUUUAGGUGGAAACCUGGUGGCUCACAUGAUCCUGGGCUACAGGUAUUGGGGUGGUGUGGGCGUCCCCCAGAGCUGCGAGUCGGCCCUGACUCAUUACCGGCUGGUGGCCAAUCACGUUGCCAGUGACAUCUCUCUGAUGGGGGGCAGUGCGGUGCAAAGGGUCCGCCUGCUGGAUGAGGUGGAAAACCCUGGUUCCACCAGUGGCAUGCUAGAGGAAGACCUUAUCCAGUACUACCAGUUUCUAGCUGAGAAGGGAGACGUCCAGGCCCAGGUUGGCCUGGGCCAGCUACAUCUGCAUGGGGGCCGGGGCGUGGAGCAGAACCAUGAGAGGGCCUACAACUACUUCAAUCAGGCAGCCAACGCUGGAAACACGCAUGCCAUGGCAUUCCUGGGGAAGAUGUACUCUGAAGGUAGCGAGUUUGUGCCCCAGAACAAUGAGACUGCCCUACGGUACUUCAAGAAGGCGGCCGACCUGGGCAACCCUGUGGGCCAAAGUGGCCUAGGUAUGGCCUAUUUGUACGGCCGAGGCGUCCCUGUGAACUACGAGCUGGCGCUGAAGUACUUCCAGAAGGCAGCGGAGCAGGGCCUGGUAGAUGGGCAGUUGCAGCUAGGCACCAUGUACUACAAUGGCAUUGGUGUCAAGCGAGACUACAAGCAGGCCCUGAAGUACUUCAACCUGGCCUCUCAGGCAGGCCACAUCUUGGCCUUCUACAGUCUGGCUCAGAUGCAUGCCACAGGCACCGGGGUCAUGCGCUCCUGUCACACGGCUGUGGAGCUCUUCAAAAACGUGUGUGAGCGCGGCCGGUGGUCAGAACGCCUCAUGACGGCCUACAGCAGCUUCAAGGAGGGUGACUCCAACUCGGCCGUGGUGCAGUACCUGCUGCUGGCUGAGCAGGGCUAUGAGGUGGCCCAGAGCAAUGUUGCCUUCAUCCUGGACCAGACAGAAGAGUCCAAGAUCUUCAGUGAGAAUGAGACGUACCCCAGGGCACUGUUGCACUGGAACAGGGCAGCGGCUCAGGGAUAUACUGUGGCCAGGAUAAAGCUAGGGGAUUACCACUUCUACGGGCAUGGCACAGACGUGGACUAUGAGACAGCUGUGAUUCACUACAGGCUGGCCUCAGAGCAGCAGCACAGCGCCCAGGCCAUGUUUAAUCUGGGCUACAUGCACGAGAAGGGCUUGGGCAUCAAGCAGGACAUCCACCUGGCCAAGCGUUUCUACGACAUGGCGGCGGAGGCCAGCCCAGAUGCCCAGGUGCCUGUCUUCCUGGCCCUCUGCAAGCUGGGCCUCCUCUACUCCCUGCAGUAUCUGCAGGACCUAAGUGUCAAAGAGGUCAUGUCCCAGGUGGACCUGGACCAGCUGCUGGGACCUGAAUGGGACCUCUACCUCAUGACCGUCAUUGCCCUGCUGCUGGGCACUGUCAUCGCCUACCGUCAGAGGCAGCAUCAGGCCAUCCUGCGACCCGCUGCUGCUAUCCCCCCUCAGCGAGCCCCUGCCGAGCCGCCUAAUCUGCAGUGAGGGCUAGUACUGCUGGCUGUGCAGCCACGCGGGCACUAGUUACGGCAUACAUGCAUGUCUGGGGGAAUUGUGUGUGUGUGUGUGUGUGUGUGUGUGUGUGUGUGCGCGCGCACGUGCAGAUGGAUUCGUAUGUGCAGGCCCUUGGUGGGGUUUUUCCUGCUGUCCUCUCAGAACUGGCCCAGAAUGACAGAUAAAACAGGCUUUAUUCAGAGAAAAGCUAGUCAUCCUUUUCUUUGAUCUGCCCACUAUCAGGGGUGUACACCUCUGGAUGACUGACCUGCAAUGUUUACUCUGCUCCGGGGGUUUGACAGCAAUCUCCUCUUCGGAUUCCUUUUCCAUACUGAAGCUGACUCGCUGUGUACCUGCCUAGUCAAAAGUGGCAGCACUCAAUCUCAGCGAAGAGCUUGGCCCAUGAUUUGGCAGGUUCUUGCCUUUUUAUUUUGGACUGAUGAUUUGUGCAUGGAACCAACCUUACAGCAGAAAAUGUAACUUGGUGCCAUCUGCGGGAGUGUGAGGACUGGUGCACUUCAGACAUACAGGAGCUUAAAUUGAAGAAUGAUCGUAGUAAUGAGCCUAACCCAGGCAUUUUUAUUAUUUUGGGUUAUUAUUUCUGUGUUUUUUUUGCUUUUUCCUGUUGAGAUGUCUUUGGCAUUGUAUCUGUACAGCUGCCAGGGGGCAGCAGAGAACCAACCCAUCUGUCAUGUUUCUGGACUAUCAGGAGAGGCUUGUACUGGUGGCCUUGUAGCAGUUAUGUCAUGCAGCAUUAAGAAACCUGUGAAAUGUCUCCUCACUGUUGGUUUUCAACCCUAGAUUCAGCUUCGGGGUUUGAAAAUAAACUUAUGAUUGAGCUUAUCAGGUUUAUUUCUCUACAUACAAUGUGUUGCAUUCUAAGUACUGGCUGCCUUAAAGGAUUUUAAGGAUAUUUUUGGGAUCAGUCCCUAUCAUUUUAAGUAAAGCAUUGACCAUGUUAAAUGCUGAUUCAGUGUUAAUCGCUUCCCGUGAAAUGCGUCAGUUUUGUAUUUUUCUUUUCCAGGUUGUCAUGUCACCUUAAAAUGGUAUAGCCAGGAUGACAAUCCCAUUUUCAACUACUGUCCACUGUGUAUGUUCCUUCAGGCUUGAAUUAAUCCGUAGAUACCUGGGGGUUACCGCAUGCUCCUGGAACAUACCUGAGCUUCUUGGUGACCAAUCUCAGUCUCACUUAUGAAUAUGUUUAAUGCACAUAAUUCCCCUGCCCAUUUAAAAGGCUGAAUUGAGCUCCACUGUGGACUUUGAGAUCCUCUAGUGCUGUGCUUCAGAGAGGAAUGGAGGACAAAAAGUUGUAAAUGUCUGUUGAAAUAGCAAUACUUUAACAGUGUAUACAUUUGUAAAGGAAUAAAUGCUGUUUAUAUAAUGCUAUAAAUUAAGUGGGUUCAAGUACAUUGAUUGAAAGUAUGUGUUAUGUGAUUUACCUUAACUAAUCCUGAGAUCUGUAAAAUUAAAAUGUUUUCACCUGUGUA